UCACAAAUAUUGAAUGCUCGUUCUUAUCUUUUUCUGAUCUUUGAAAACAGAUUUUUUGUUAUGGUAUAGGCACCGUGCGAAGUCAUGGUAGGGGAAGCCGAAAUGGACACUAGCGCACGCAAUGGAUAACUUUGGCAGUAAAAGUCGGUGUUUUUUAUUUUGGUGUUCACAAAACAUACGUGUGACAAUUAAUUUUAUGAUAUUUUUAAAAAAAUGGGUAGAAAUAGCCAUCGCAGUUGCUGUGUAGUAAAUUGUAAAAUUACGAGUGCAAAAAGUGAUUGUAAAUUUUACAAAUUUCCGACUGCCAAAUGGAAAAUCAAUCAAAGAAAAAUGUGGAUAGCUGCAGUGAGGAGGCAAAAGUAAAUAGUAUCCUAACCUUUAUUUUCGUAACAUCAAUGAUACUGAAAAUAGCUUGUGUUCUAAUAUUUUCCUGAUGGAUCACAGUGGAUUCUCAAAUCAUACGAUUAUAUCUGUAGUAAUCAUUUUAUUGGAGGCAAAAAAUCUGAAGAGGAGUUAAUUAAGUCCUAGCUAUAUUCCUGCAAUAUUUCCUCCAAUUUACAAGUAUCGAAAAGUGAAUGAACUUUCUGCUGAGAACAGGUACAAGCGUUUAAAGGAUCGUCGAAUGAAAAAAAAAUUAUCAUCAACAUCUUAUACUGAGCCACCAAUUAAUGAAUUUGUUGAAAUAAUGAUUGAAAAUCCACCAGUAUCACCACAGAAAGUCGACCACGGGUGUCAAGUAGACUUUUACUCAAAUUUUGAUGUAAAUUCUCAAACAUUUAUUUGCAACAGAUACAUCAAAGAUGAAAUAUCUUAUGCUGAAACUCAAACGGAAAUUACAGAAGUUACUGGAGCAACCAAAGUUAAUUAUACUAAUAAAAAAUAUGUAACAAAAAAAUGUGGGACAGUUCAUAAGACAUUUGUUGAUCAAGAAAGUCAAGCUGAUGAUUCACGAUUUGCAGGAUUUUCAUCAAUAACUAAGAAUCAUGAGUUAAUUGAUAUUGCAGGUGUUACUUUUGAAAUUUUUGAAUUUUUAUUAGAAAGAACAUGUGCACUUGGAAAAUGCAAAGUGCCUAAAAAAGAUAGAUUGCUAAUAUUUUUAAUGAAAAUGAAAACUGGAUUAACAUUCUCAGCAYUGAGUGUAUUAUUCAAUGUUCAUAGGACGACUAUUUCAAGAAUUUUUUCAGAAAUCUUGCAAAAAUUAGCUGGUACAACUAGAAAUUUAGUGUUUUGGCCAGAUAUUGACGCUGUACAAGAAACAAURCCUAAAUGUUUUCAUCCACAAUACAGCAAUACCAGAGUUAUAAUUGAUUGUACAGAAUUCAGGAUUAAAAUUCCUGCAAGUGUGGACAAUCGUGUUUUUACAUAUUCUCAGUAUAAAAAAAAUUUAACUGUUAAAGUUCUUAUUGGUAUUACUCCCGGAGGUUUCAUUUGUUUUAAAUCCAAAAUAGCUGGAGGACGAAAGUCUGAUUCUCAAUUGACAAUAGAAUCAGGACUGCUUGAUUUAUUAGAAGAUGGUGACACUGUUUUGGCUGAUAAAGGAUUUCCAGAAAUAAAGACUGUCAUUGAUUCAAGUGGUAAAAAAAUAAAAAUGAUAAUGCCACCGUUUUUAGAACAAAACAAUGAAUUUACAAAGGAACAAACUCAACAAACAUACAGUAUAGGAAGAGUAAGAAUUCACAUGGAAAGAAUAAUGCAACGUCUGAAGACCUAUGAAAUAUUAAAUAAAAUCCCAGAAAAUUUAUUACAUUGCAUUAAUGACAUUAUGCAUGUUUGUUGUGUUUUAGUUAAUUUACAGUCCCCAAUAAUUUCUGAUAAAAAAGAUACAGAAAAUGGAUAGUAAAUA